AUGCCGCAAGUACGCAACCCUAUCCUACCCGGCUUCAACCCCGACCCCUCAAUUGUCCGGGUUGGGGAUGACUACUAUAUUGCCACCUCAACGUUUGAAUGGUAUCCUGGAGUGCAGAUACACCAUUCCAAAGACCUAGCAAAUUGGGAGCUAGCCGUGCGACCAUUGACACGAAAGAGCCAGCUCGAUAUGCGAGGAGAUCCCGAUAGUUGCGGCGUUUGGGCACCAUGUCUGAGCCACGACGGUGACAAAUUCUGGCUCGUCUACACCGAUGUCAAACGCAAAGAUGGCUCUUUCAAAGAUGCGCAUAAUUACAUCGUUACCGCUCCAAAGAUUGAAGGACCGUGGUCGGAUCCCAUUUACAUUAAUUCCUCCGGCUUUGAUCCUUCGUUGUAUCAUGAUGAUGAUGGAAAGAAAUGGUUCUUGAAUAUGCUGUGGGAUCACCGUAGUCGACCCCGCACAUUUUCCGGAAUCGCGCUUCAGGAAUUCGAUCCGGUCCAGGGCAAACUGGUAGGUAAAAGGGAAAAUAUCUUCAAAGGCACUGAUUUGGACCUUGUGGAAGGCCCCCAUUUGUAUAAACGCAACGGGUGGUACUACCUUCUUACCGCCGAAGGUGGCACUGCUUACGAGCACGCUUGUACCUUUGCGAGGUCACGAAGUAUCUCGGGCCCGUAUGAGGUUCAUCCUCAGAAACACGUUGUUACCUCAAAGGAUACUCCAUUUACAGCCUUACAGCGCUCUGGGCAUGGAAGUAUAGUCGAGACUCCGGAAGGAAAAUCGUAUAUUGUUCAUUUGACAGGACGUCCUGUUGGUCAGAACCGGCGUUGUGUCCUUGGACGGGAAACCGCUAUCCAGGAAGGAUACUGGGAGGACGAUUGGUUUUAUGUGAAGAAUGGUCCUGUUCCCUCAUUAUACACCGAAGUCCCAGGUGUACGCGAUGAUUCAGAUUACUGGGCGGAAAAGACUUAUCGAUUUGAGGACAAAGUCCUUCAUAAGGACUUCCAGUGGCUCCGAACUCCCGAACCAGAAAGAAUCUUCUCAGUCGACAGUGGGAAGCUCUCACUCAUUGGCCGAGAAUCUGUAGGCUCCUGGUUCGAACAGUCCUUAGUAGCACGACGACAGACACAUUUCUCUUACGAUGCAGAGACUGUGAUUGACUUCUCUCCAGAAGAUGAGCGACAAUUCGCUGGCCUUAUAGCUUACUACUCCAAUUACAACUUUAUGUACCUGACUGUUACGGCCGAUUCGGACGGGGAACGUGAAAUCAGUGUUAUUACUUCUGAAGCAUCUUGGCCAGAUGGUAACCUGACAUUCCCUGACGUGGCGCCCAUUCGAAUUCCUAAGACUGGCAAAGUUAAGCUUGCUUUGACCAUUCGUGGUGGCCAGACCCUAGAGUUUUCCUACGCACUGGAAGGGCAGGAGUUACAAAAGAUUGACAAGGUUUUCGAUGCAUCCUUGUUAUCUGAUGAGUGUGGAGGUCACCAAGCACAUGGAAGCUUCACUGGUGCAUUUGUCGGCGUGGCUUGUUCCGAUCUCAACGGUACGGCGAAACGCGCAGAUUUCGACUAUUUUGCGUACAAACCGGUUCAAGCUGCCCUUGAUCGUUAUGAAAUAUAG